AACUAACUUUCCCAAAAAGCCACUUACCAACCUAAACUCAACAUGCCUCCUAGAAGACAAAAUCCUCCUCGUCAAUGAGCUAUUCGAGACAUAGAGAUGGAAGAACUACGUCAACAAACUCAAAGGCUUCAAGAAAGACUUGAAGCUUUUGAGGGUCAACAAGCUCAACACUUGCAAGAUGAACCCCACGAGUUAGAGGAAUAUACUGACAAUGAGAAUCCUUUCCAUCACCUAAGGGAUAAUGAAAGCUCAUCAUCAACAGAAAGAGUUCGUCGUCGACGUCCCCAACGUCCCCAACAAAAUGUUGCUCCCAAAUCCACUAACCUUGGCAUCAAAAUCGAUAUUCCAGAUUUUGAAGGUCGCCUUCAACUAGAUGAAUUUAUCAAUUGGUUGCACACUAUAGAACGUGUGUUUAAACUCAAGGAUAUUCUUGACAACAAGCGUGUAAAGCUCGUCACCAUCAAAUUAAAGAAACAUGCAUCCAUUUGGGUUGAAAAGCAAAUCUCAAAGAAGAAUAUCACUAGUGCUUUAAAAUCGCGAGAUUUUGGAGCCAGCCAAGGGACUCAAGCCUCAAAAACUGUUGCCAAGACCCUUGCCAAGGCUGAGAAGGAAGUUAGCUCGAGCCGUCCAGCUCAAUCUAACACUCGAAAGUGUUUCAAGUGUCAAGGAUUUUGCCACAUAGCCUCCAAUUGUCCAAAUAGGAGAGCUGUCACCAUUAUCGGAGGAGAAAUUCAUGAAGCCUUAAAAGAUGAAGUAGAAAAGGAGCAAAAUGAUGAAACUGAGUCACCACAGCUUGAGGAAGAACUCAUCCCAGCUGACCAUGGAGAAUCUUUGGUUGUGCAUUGUACCAAGAUGACGUAUGGUGUGAUGUUAUUCCCAUGGAUGCUUGUCACUUGUUACUUAGUUGCCCUUGGCAAUUUGACCGAGAGGCUAUCCAUGACGGCCAUGCCAACACCUACUCAAUUUUCUGAUGUUGUUCCUGAUGAGAUCCCUCAUGGAUUACCACCAAUGAGAGACAUUCAACAUGCCAUUGAUUUCAUCCGAGGAUCUGUCAUUCCAAACAAGCCUGCUUAUCAGAUGAACCCUCAAGAGUAUGCGGAACUUCAACGACAAGUCAAAGAGCUGAUAGAGAAAGGACUUGUCAAGGAAAGUGUUAGCCCAUGUGCCGUGCCUGUACUACUAGUCCCAAAGAAAGAUGGAACUUGGAGAAUUUUCCAUGGCUUGGCAUCUUUUUACCGAAGAUUCAUCAAGAAUUUCAGUUCUAUUGCCUCCCUAAUCACUGAUAGCAUUAAGGGUGACAAAAUUUCAUGGAGCGACAAAGCCCAAAAGAGUUUUGAAGGAUUGAAGAGGAAGCUCACUGAAGCCCCUGUACUUGCACUUCCCAACUUUGACUUGAUGUUUGAAGUAGAUUGUGAUGCUUCUAAUGUUGGAAUUGGUGCAGUGCUAAGUCAAGAAGGACAACCCAUUGCCUUCUUUAGUGAAAAGUUCAAUGACACAAAGCUUAGAUAUUCCACCUAUGACAAACAAUUCUAUGCAAUUGUUCGAGCCUUGGAGCAUUGGAUCACUGGAUUUGAAGUGAUCAAGGAGUUGUAUAAGGAUGAUCCUGAUUUUAGCAGCAUUUGGGAAGCCACUUCUAAUCAAGCCUUUCAGCAAUAUCACUGCCAGCAAGAUUACCUCUUCAAGGGUAACCGACUAUGUGUUCCAUGUUGCUCACUCCGAGAUUCAAUUAUUUGGGAAGCACAUAAUGGUGGAUUAGCUGGUCAUUUUGGUAGAGACAAGACUUUAGCUCUUGCUAAAGAAAAUUUUUAUUGGCCAAAGCUGGAGCAGAAUGUCAUUCGUCACAUUCAAAGAUGCAAAGUUUGUCACCAAGCCGAGACACAAAACACAGGGUUGUAUUUGCCAUUGCCUAUCCCAACAUCACCUUGGGAAGAUAAAACUAAUGAUGCUUCUCUCAUUGCUGAGUUAUAUUUUAGAGAGAUUGUGCGUCUAUAUGGAGUUCCAAAGACUAUCACUUCAGAUAGAGAUAUGAAGUUCAUGAGUCAUUUUUGGAGGACUUUAUGGAGAAAGAUGGGUACUCAACUCCAAUUCAGUUCUGCCAGUCAUCCCCAAACCAAUGGUCAAACUAAAGCUAUCAACAAGAUUUUGGGGAAUCUACUACGAAGUUUUGUGGGAAAGAAUUUGCAACAAUGGGAUCUUAUGCUUGCCCAAGCUGAGUUUGCUUACAAUAACUAUUCAAAUCAAGCUUCAGGAAAAUGCCCAUUCGAAGUAGUAUAUGGAGUGCGUCCUCUCAACCCUUUAGAUCUUGCUCCAUUGCCCACAUCCCGACAAUUUAGUGCAGAUGCUGAACAACGAGCCAAGGAGAUAAAGAAACUUCAUGAAGAAGUUUGUGAAAAGCUACAACGUCAAACCAUCAGGUAUAAGGCUCAUCAUGACAAGCACCAAAGGAAGGUUGUGUACAAGGAAGGACAUUGGGUUUGGAUACACCUUCGGAAGGAAAGGUUUCCUAACCAACCUAAUGCCAAACUCUCCCCUAGAGCAGAUGGUCCUUCUUAGAUAGUGGAGAAGCUCAAUGAUAAUGCUUACAAGAUCAAACUCCCAGGUGACUAUGGAGUCUCUACUACUUUUAAUGUCACUGACUUAUCUCUUUACUAUGAGGAUCAUGAGCAUUGAUCUCAAACUCGAGGAUGAGUUUCCUCCAACCAGGGGAGAGGCACUAGGAGAAAUUACUAAGAAAUUGCAACAAGCAUG